ACAACAGCGCCACUCUCUCUCUCUCUCGCCUUUUUUUUUUUUUUCUUUUUCUUUAAUACUUAUAUUUUUCUUUGUUGUUUAAGAUUUUCUACGGAGUUUACUAGUCUACAGAUUAUAAUAAUAAUGAUAAUACUACGCAACAAACAGUUUUCUCUUUUCUCCUUCUAAUUUUCCAAUUCCCACCGUUCAAGCACAAGUUCAAAACCCAAACACGCACAGAUCCGAACAUACGAUACAAACUAUAUUCUUCUUCUUCUUCUUGUAACAAGUACCAUUUUCUCUCUCACUUUCUCUUCUUCAAGAUUCAGGUACAGCUCGGCAGUGUCGCAUGCGACAUUUAUAUGAAGAAGUGACGCAGUGGAGUGGCAUUGAGUUACUUACUAUGUGAACUGUUAUACACAGCAAGAGCUUACUUUCAGAGCUUGAUAGUUGGCUCUGUCGGAUAGCUGACUGAGAAACGGGGAUUUGAUCCUUUGUUCUCCACUUCAGUUCUCAUCAUUUCCAGAUCUGAAGAUUUAAACUUUUCUUUAUUGGAAGUGUUCAUCUUUUUUUUUUUAUUUUUUAAAGCAUGUCAGCCAGUGGACUUUCUGUACAAAAAUAGUUAUUAAAAGAUUUGUUCACUAUUCACAUGAUAAUCAACAGUUGGUGGAUCUUGGUUUCCUUCCACUCGGUCAGAACAGAAAUCAGAAUCCCAUUUUCUGAUGUUUCUUGAGAAUAAUGAAAAUGAAGAGAUGGUACGGCGGUGUUCUGAUUGCAUCCUUGUUUAUGUUGCUGAUCCUGAGAUAUAGUCUUAUGAAAAAUCCUAUUGGAGAUAGUUAUCUGAUGAAUGCCUUCUCCAAUGGUACUAAUCCUCUUCAAUGGGUGCAAUCUACACUUCCUCCUACAGUUAAAAUUCCAGAGAAUUCUGCUAAAGUGAUUUCCACUGAGACCAUCGUCUUCAGUUUGUUUGCUCAGAGGAAUAUUUCCAAUGAAGAACAAGUAUCUUUGCAGACAUGGAAUCUACUGAAACACUUGAUAGAUCAAGCUCAUCUUUUACCCAAUGGAGUAGAGGCCAUUAAGGAAGCUGGGAGUGCAUGGAAUAACCUUAUGGCUUCAAUCGAAGAGGAAAGACAUGGUUACACAAAUGAAAGUAGUAGAGCAAGAGAGAAACAAUGUCCACAUUUCCUUAACAAAGUGAAUGCCACAGCCGUCAAGAGUAGUGGUUUUAAGUUGCGGCUUCCUUGUGGACUGACUCAGGGUUCUUCAAUAACAAUUAUAGGCAUUCCAGAUGGUCUUCUUGGCAAUUUUAGGAUUGAGUUAACUGGGGAAGCACUUCCUGGGGAGCCUGAUCCACCCAUAAUUUUGCAUUACAAUGUUAGGCUUCAUGGUGAUAAAAUAACUGAGGAUCCAGUUAUAGUUCAAAAUACAUGGACUGUAGCACAUGAUUGGGGCGAUGAGGAGCGUUGCCCAUCUCCUACUCCUGAAAAGAAUAAGAAAGUGGAUGACUUGGAUCAAUGUAACAACAUAGUGGGUAGAAAUGAUACUCGUGCUAUCAGGCAUUCUGAAGGUGCAAGGAGCUCUGCCAUGGUGCAGGAAGGAUUUAAGAACAGAAGAUACUUUCCUUUUAGGCAAGGUUAUUUAUCUGUUGCAACACUUAGAGUAGGAACAGAGGGAAUCCAGACAACAGUUGAUGGAAAGCACAUAACAUCUUUUGCAUAUCGCGAAACCUUGGAGCCAUGGCUGGUUAGUGAAGUUAGGAUAUCUGGAGACUUGAAGCUAAUUUCGGCUGUGGCUAGUGGUCUGCCCACGUCAGAGGAGCUGGAACAUGCAAUUGACUUAGAGGCACUCAAAUCAGUUCCUCUCUCUGCCAAAAGACCACCACAUCUCUUUGUUGGUGUUUUUUCCACAGCCAACAAUUUUAAACGCAGGAUGGCUGUUCGAAGAACUUGGAUGCAGUAUGCUGCAGUCCGGGCAGGGACUGCAGCUGUGCGCUUCUUUGUUGGUUUGCAUAAAAAUCAAUUAGUCAAUGAGGAACUCUGGAAUGAAGCUCGAACAUAUGGAGAUAUACAGCUGAUGCCUUUUGUUGACUAUUACAACCUUAUCACCUGGAAAACUUUGGCUAUUUGCAUGUUUGGGACAGAAGUUGCAUCUGCGAAAUAUGUCAUGAAGACUGAUGAUGAUGCAUUUGUUAGAGUGGAUGAAGUGUUAGCUUCUUUGAAGAGGACUAAAGUGAAUCACGGACUGCUUUAUGGACUCAUAAAUUCAGAUUCUCAACCUCAUCGAAAUCCUGACAGCAAAUGGUAUAUUAGUCUUGAGGAAUGGUCUGAAGAGAAUUACCCUCCGUGGGCACAUGGUCCUGGUUACGUGGUGUCUCAAGAUGUAGCAAAGGAAGUUUACCGGAGAUACAAAGAAGGUCGUUUAAAGAUAUUUAAGCUAGAAGAUGUUGCGAUGGGCAUCUGGAUAGCCGAGAUGAAGAAGGAAGGUUUAGCAGUUAGUUAUGUGAAGGAUGAGAAGAUCCAUAAUGAAGGGUGCAGCGAUGGUUAUACUGUUGCUCAUUAUCAAGGUCCCAGGGAGAUGCUUUGCCUAUGGCAGAAACUUCAAGACGGAAUUGGUGCUAAAUGCUGUGGUGACUGAUAAGCAUAGUUCACAUCCAGGGUCUCCCUCAACCUCAUGCCCGAAAUGCCUAAUGUUUCUAACCAGUUUUGGAAUUAUCCUGACCAGGAUUGAGCGGAUAUAGAUUUUUUGAGAAGAUAGUCGGGCAUUUUACUUCUAUUAGAGUAGGUGUUACCACUGUAUUGUAUAUCUAUACCAUACAUAUCAUCAGGGUCAUUACAUCGCACUGACUUUGAGUGAUGUGGCAUGUAGGAGAUAGUGCCAUGUAUAGGAUCUAUCUAAUAGGUUAUACAGAUCAAUAUGAUGAUUAAUUCUUUUUAUCUAAAAUACUAUUCUUUUAAUCCAACAUGCUAUUCUUUUUUAUCUUCUCAAA